CACUUCCCAUUGGUUUCCUUUCUUGUUGAAAUAACCAUUUAAAGCUGAUUCUAGCAACAGUGCAUAAUUAUUAAUUAUUUGACUUCGUUCUGGGAAAGGUUCCAUUGCGAAUAUAGCCAGUGAUUAACAUUUUCCAACAAUUAUUAUCAUCUGAAGAAAUGGCUCCUGCAUAUAAAUUAACCUACUUCCCAGUGGAGGCCCUCGCCGAACCCAUCAGAUUCCUCCUCAACUACGGCGGAAUCGAAUUUGAGGACCACCGCUUCGACCGCGAAAACUGGCCCCAACUCAAACCCAACAUGCCCUUUGGCCAAGUCCCCAUUUUGGAAUACAACGGGAAGGUGGCACACCAAAGUGUUGCCAUGGCUAGAUUUUUCGCCAAAAAGGUCAAACUAGUCGGCAAUGACGAUUGGGAAGAUCUGGAAAUCGACGCCAUCGUGGACACCAUCAGCGAUUUGCGCCAAAAAAUCGCCCUUUACCAUUACGAGCAAAACGAAGCUGUUAAGGAAUCUAGGAAAGAGCCCCUAUUUAAGGAGACCAUCCCUUAUUACUUGCAACGUCUGGAUGCCAUUGUCAAGGCUAACAAUGGACAUCUUGCCGUUGGAAAGCUAACAUGGGCCGAUUUAUUCUUUGUUGCCCUGUUGAAAUAUCUGUGUUUUAUGUGCGGUAGCGACAUAAUCGCCGACUAUCCGAACCUUGUUGCUUUGAAAAAAAGCGUUUUGGAAAUACCAGCAAUCAAGAACUGGGUAGAGAAGCGUCCGAAGUCUGACAUGUAACGCGAAUAAGCACCAUUAAUAAGACAACUACUUGUAAUAAUAAAUUUAAUAAAUCAAUAAAGUAUAA